GCACGGUUGAUAUAAAUAUGAACUUGGAGGUCAUUUUUACAACUUCCGUCGUAUAUAUAUAUGCAUCACCAUCAGCUCAGUAGUGACUGCUUCCUCCAACGUUUUCAUUGCUCUCGCUCUCGCUCUCGCUCUCGCUCUCAUGGAAGAAGAAGAGCUUCAUACCGCCAACGCCACAAACUCCACAGAGGACCGUAAAACAUCAACCGAUGUCGAAAAUAAUGCGCUCUUUUACGAAUCCAACAUGUACUCCUCCGAGAUCGACAGCGCUUGCUCUACACCAUACGUCAGUGCACCGUCCAGCCCUGGCCGUGGCCUUGCAGGAGCAGGAGCAGGAGCAGGAGGAGGUGGAGGUGGAGGAUUCUUUUACAGUGCACCGGCCAGUCCAAUGCACUUCCUGCUGUCUUCGUCUUACUCGCACUCGCCUCCCGUGUCAACGGAGGCUUCCGUGCCUGCAGGUAAUUAUUCCGUCGAGUUUGAGUUCUCCGCUAGGUUUGGAACGGUGGAGUCGACGUCUACCGGAGUUAUGAGCUCGGCCGACGAGCUGUUCCUGAACGGCCAGAUCCGGCCGAUGAAGCUCUCCACUCACCUCCAGCGCCCUCAGGUGCUCGCUCCGCUCCUGGAUCUGGACGACGAAACCGAAUUAGGAGAUUCUGUGACGACUCUGACUGAGAAGUUUCCGAGAGGCCGCGACGUGAAAUGGAGGGACAGAUCUCAGCGUCGAAGAACCAGAUCUAUGUCGCCGCUGCGAGUGUCUUCCUUUGACUGGAACGAAAGUACUGAUGAAGAAGAUGAGAAAGCCGAGAAAAUUCACCACGCUUUAGGUGUCGAAGCUGUCGAGAGUAAGCAGAGUGAUGUGGCGUCGCGUGAAACGACGCCGUCUAUAUCGGCUUCGUCAUCCAGGUCAUCAUCGGCGAGCCGGAGCUCCAAGCGUUGGGUGUUCCUGAAAGAGUUCCUAUACAGAAGCAAAAGCGAAGGCAGCAAUAACGCUCACAAGUUUUGGAGCCACAUUUCGUUCUCGCCGGUGAAGGACAGGAAGGUUGCGACCCCGCCUGUAACUGAACCCAAAGGUAAAAUAGAGUGCAAGACUGGCAGCAACGCUGAGGAGAAGAAGGUGAAGAAAAGUGGGAAGCAACCGAGCAAGAAGGCCUCGAAUGGAGUGGGGGCAAAGCGGAGGGUGGUGGUGCCGCCUUCCGCGCACGAGUUGCAUUACAAGGCGAACAGGGCGCACGCGGAGGAGAUGAGGAAGAGAACGUUCUUGCCGUACCGGCAAGGCUUGCUGGGGUGCUUAGGUUUCAGCUCAAAGAGUUACAGUGCAAUGAAUGGUUUUGCUAGAGCUCUCAACCCUGUCUCUUCAAGGUAAAUCAACCAAUAUACAGAUUCCCCACCCCUUUUCAAUUUA